CAAGAUCUCUAGUUACCAGUUCUGUUCCUAAUGUGUCAGCCAAUUUGAACCUCAAAAGCGCCGCAGACCUCUAUGAUUUCCCAUUUUUCGAGAUCCACGUUAAAAGCAUCUCUCCACACUUAUUUUCCUUAUCUUUCCAUGGUUUUCCCAUCAUUUUCUGUCGUAAGAAACUAUACCUUUCUACUCUAUAAUUUGCCGUUCAUCAUUUUCUUCUGUUUCCUGUUCUCCAAUCCCGAUUUCCUCAAUUGGAUUCUUAUUCCCAUUCUUUCAGUCAAAGCUUUUCCCCUUUUUGCUAAAGCAAGAAACUUUUUUCUUGAUCUUUUGCUUUUGGAUCAUUCCCAUUUCCCAAAUUAUCUUGUAAUUGCUAAAAAGAAAAAACAUUUUCUUGAUCUUUUUGGUUUAAUUUGAGACAUAGUUUCUAGCUCUGGGAAAUGGCUUCCAUUGGUGGUUCUUCACCUUUUCUCAUUGAAAGACAAGGAGAAAGUAGACCUGUUUUCACUUUCUCAACUUUUAGGCCAAGAAAUAUUAAAAGUUUGGCUGUUUUGAAAGGUUCAACAUGUGGGCUUUCUUUGUUCUAUAAUAAAGGGCAGCUUUGGAGGUUUAAGCCUGUCAGAGUAGCUGGUUCUGUCGAUGGUGUAGGUGGCGCUGCUGAGGAGGAUACACUUCAGGCUGCAAUUGAGAAGAGCAAGAAGGUUCUUGCCAUGCAAAGAGACCUAUUUCGGCAGAUUGCUGAAAGAAGGAAAUUGGUUUCAUCCAUAAGAGGUAGCAUUACUGACCAAAAUGAAGAUGAGGAUUUUCAUGAACGGAGGGAUAACUAUCUUCCCAUUCUGGAGCUUGCUUCAAGGAGCUCUGACAGAAUGGAUGAAGGCAAAAAUGGUAGCAUUCUUUCAAGCAGUCAUGUUAAUUCAACUAUGAAGGACAUAACAGAGAUCCUACCUUCAGAUGUAAUUAGAGAGGAACCUGAACUACAUUUGCCUUCAGAAGAGGCUUCCUCUAAUGUAGGUUCUACCAAACAGUUUAAAACCACUGAUUCUAAAGCAUUGAAAUCUGAUGUGCUUCCUUCUUAUCUCUCAAGUUCCUUGGAGACUGCCCAACUUACAGCUGAAGAGAAUGAAAAUUUGACCAAAGCAGGCUUGGAAGAGGCUGGUGAGGUAGUUGAUCCUGCAAUUGAAGGUGAAAAACCCCCUCCACUAGCUGGUGCAAAUGUCAUGAAUAUUAUAUUAGUAGCUGCAGAAUGUGCCCCAUGGUCUAAAACAGGUGGGCUUGGAGAUGUAGCCGGGUCUUUACCAAAGGCUUUGGCUAGACGUGGACACAGGGUUAUGGUUCUGGCACCUCGAUAUACUGAUUAUGCUGAACCUCAAGAUACAGGAGUUCGAAAGAAGUAUAAGGUGGAUGGUCAGGAUAUGGAAGUAUCAUACUUCCAAGCAUAUAUUGAUGGUGUGGAUUUUGUUUUCAUGGAUGCUCCUAUGUUUCGCCAUAUGCAGAGUAAUAUAUACGGAGGAAACCGACUGGAUAUUUUGAAGCGCAUGGUAUUGUUUUGCAAGGCAGCUGUUCAGGUUCCUUGGCAUGUUCCAUGUGGGGGCGUCUGCUAUGGAGAUGGAAAUCUGGUUUUCAUUGCUAAUGAUUGGCAUACUGCCUUGUUGCCAGUGUACUUAAAAGCUUAUUAUCGAGACAAUGGUUUGAUGUCCUUCACUAGAUCCAUUCUCGUUAUCCAUAAUAUUGCUCACCAGGGUCGGGGGCCUGUGGAGGAUUUCUACUAUGUGGAUGUAGCAGAACACUACAUGGACCUUUUCAAGUUAUAUGACCCCGUUGGAGGUGAGCACUUCAAUAUCUUUGCAGCAGGACUAAAGGCCGCUGACAGAGUGGUCACUGUUAGCCAUGGAUAUGCUUGGGAGCUUAAAACUUCAGAAGGUGGUUGGGGAUUGCAUGGGAUUAUAAAUGAAAGUGACUGGAAAUUGCGGGGAAUAGUGAAUGGAAUUGAUACGAAGGACUGGAAUCCACAGUAUGAUGUUCACCUCGAAUCAGAUGGUUAUAUUAACUAUUCCCUAGAAACACUAAAAACCGGCAAGGCUCAGUGCAAGGCAGCCUUGCAAAAGGAGCUUGGGCUGCCCGUUCGUGAAGAUGUCCCGCUGGUUGGUUUUAUUGGGAGACUGGAUCAGCAAAAAGGUGUUGAUCUAAUUGCUGAGGCAAUUCCCUGGAUGAUGGGCCAGGAUGUGCAAUUAGUCAUGUUAGGCACUGGCAGGUCUGACCUAGAACAGAUGCUUAGGCAGUUUGAAAACCAACAUCAUGACAAAGUCAGGGGAUGGGUUGGGUUUUCUGUAAAGACAGCUCAUCGUAUAACGGCCGGGGCUGAUAUUUUACUCAUGCCAUCAAGAUUUGAACCAUGUGGACUGAACCAACUGUAUGCCAUGAGCUAUGGAACAAUUCCAGUUGUCCAUGCUGUUGGUGGAUUGAGGGAAACUGUGCAGCCUUUCAAUCCAUAUGAAGAGUCAGGGCUUGGUUGGACAUUUGACAGUGCUGAUGCAAAUAAGUUGAUACAUGCAUUAGGGAACUGCUUAUUGACUUAUCGCCAGUAUAAAGAGAGUUGGGAAGGACUCCAAAGACGGGGCAUGAUGCAAGACCUCAGCUGGGACAAUGCUGCUCAGAAGUAUGAGGAGGUCCUUGUUGCUGCCAAAUACCAAUGGUGAGCUGUUUGUUCUCAAUGAGCUGUCCAUGAUUUUGACCUUCUAUCACUAGUUGAGUUGGUCGACUUUGCGGAAAUCCUGUUUUGAAGUAAUUGCAGCCCCUGGUGGCUGUGACUUGGAGGAAAACAAAGCACCAAGCCUUUGAUUAUUUUCUUCAACACAUUGCCAAAUGCCAUUGCGGGCCCCAAGCAAACACUCUUUGGUUUGCCUGAACAUUGUGUUGCAAUGGAAGAGAUAAAUAACAAAUACAUAUUUCCAACCUUUCAAUUCUACUUUCCAUCGACUUCCUCUUCAUUUUAAUUUCUUUUUUCUUUUACCUGUUUUAAC